AUGUCGUUUCCAGAUGUUCUUAAGCGUGGAGACUCGUUUCUACGAGAAUAUCCUCGGGACUCGUGGUGGUGGAACUAUGCAUCUCAUGCUGCAUGUUUUGGAGUGAUUCUUAAUGCCAAAAUACUUCUUAACUUGAUGUACAAGCCACAGCUUCAUAACGUGGAACGAUUGGAUGCCGCUUUGGCCAAAGCUAGAGCUGAAAACAGACUGUUAUUAACGGUCAUGAAUCACAUGUCAGUGGUUGAUGACCCGACAUUCUAUGCUGCCUUGCCUUGGAGAUUUCAUUUUGACAUUGAUACUAUUAGAUGGGGCUUUGGUGCUGAUAAUGUGUGUUUCCUGACCCCCCUAAGCUCUUAUUUUUUUAAUUUGGGUAAGAUUUUAGGUACCAAGAGAUUUGGAGAAGGUCCCUUCCAAGGUAGCGUGGAUGCAGCCAUUAGGAUCUUGAGUCCGGAUGAUACUUUAGAUUUAGAAUAUACUCCAGGCGUUACUGAAGUGGAGAAACCAUCAUUAUUACAAGAAUUAAACUUACCUGAACCCAAUAACUCCAAACAACUAGUUAAAUACGUUAAACCACUGCCAGAAACCACCAAUUGCUUGAUGUCCAAAUCUCCAUUUAUCCGAUCCCAAACUUCAUGGUUUCAUGUAUUCCCCGAGGGGUUUGUAUUACAAUUGGAGGAACCUCAUCUGAACUCCAUGAGAUACUUCAAAUGGGGGGUCUCUAGAUUGAUUUUAGAAGCCACAACUACUCCAGUUGUAUUGCCUAUUUUCAGCUUUGGGUUUGAGAAGAUUUCUCCAGAACACACAGCUGAUGAAGGGAUUAAACGUUGGUUACCCAACAAUUUCGGCGCCGAAGUCCACAUGGCCUUUGGUGAACCCGUGUCGGAUGAAACCCUCGAGCUUUACAGAAGUCAAUGGAGACAAUUGGUUAACAAACACAUUGACCCUGGUAAUCCCAGUGAUAUGCCUGAAAUACUCAAGAACGGCAAGGAAGCUCAGCAAUUACGGUCUGAUCUUGCGGCCGAGCUCAGAAACAAUGUUCUUGCCAUCAGAUCCCAUUUGGGUUACUUUGAACCUGAAGACCCCAGGUUUAGAGAUCAUAAGUUCUGGAAGGAGUACACCAGUACAGAAGGGUUAAGUGAUCCAGAUAUCAAGUUUAUUGGAAAGAAUUGGGCCAUCAAGAGGUUACAGAAACAUUUACCCGAAUAUAGAGAAGACGAUGAGGACGAUUGUAAAUAG